ACCCCUUCCUUCCCUGCCAGAGCCUCGGCCAAUCACAGGGCGGGGUUAUUGCCUGUUCCGUGACGCGGUCGGACGGCGGCCAAUGAGCGGGCGUGGUGUGGGUCUGCCGCUGGCUGAGGGAGGGGAGCGCGGCCUGAGUGUCUGCUGUCAGCGGAGGGAGGACUGAGAGCGGGAGCUGCUGCAGCCGGAGCUGAGGACUUGGUUCAUCAUGGUUUCCAUUCCAGACUUUUACAGAGGGAAGAAUGUCCUCAUCACAGGAGCCACCGGCUUCAUGGGGAAGGUUCUCCUGGAAAAGCUGCUGCGGUCUUGUCCAGGCAUAAAUGCUGUUUAUGUGCUGGUUCGACCUAAAGCGGGUCAGAAACCUCAGGAGAGAGUGGCUGAAAUGAUGAGCUGUAAGCUGUUUGACAGGGUGAGAAAUGAACAGCCAGAUUGUGCAGAGAAGCUGAUAGCGGUGAGCAGUGAACUCACACAGCCAGAGCUGGACCUCAGCAAGAAAGACCAGGAGACACUAAUAGAGUGCAUUGAUAUUGUGUUCCAUUGUGCAGCUACAGUCCGCUUCAACGAGUCGCUUCGAGAUGCCAUGCAGUUAAAUGUUAUUGCAACACGACAGAUGUUACAUCUAGCCCAGCGGAUGAAGAAACUGGAAGUGUUUAUACACGUUUCCACUGCAUAUGCCAACUGCAACCGGAAGCAAAUUGAAGAAAUAGUAUAUCCUCCCCCUGUGGACCCAAGGAAGCUCAUUGAGUCACUAGAAUGGAUGGACGAUGGCUUGGUGAACGCUAUCACCCCAAAACUCAUCGGAGACAGGCCGAACACUUACACGUAUACGAAGGCCUUGGCAGAAUAUAUAGUUCAGCAAGAAGGAAGCAAACUGAACAUAGCGAUUGUCAGGCCAUCCAUUGUUGGGGCCAGUUGGAAAGAACCGUUUCCCGGCUGGAUCGAUAAUUUCAAUGGUCCAAGCGGACUCUUCAUUGCUGCAGGAAAAGGAAUCCUUCGCACAAUGAGAGCUUCCAACAAUGCCGUCGCUGAUCUCAUCCCAGUAGAUGUCGUCGUGAAUACAACCGUAGCAGCUGCCUGGUAUUCCGGAGUGAAUAGGUACAGCAGGCCUAAAAAUAUUCUAGUGUACAACUGUACGACAGGCGGCACAAAUCCUUUCCACUGGGGUGAAGUUGAAUACCAUGUAAUUUCUACUUUCAAGAGGAAUCCUCUCGAACAGGCCUUCAGACGGCCCAAUGUAAAUCUAACCUCCAAUCACCUAUUAUAUCACUAUUGGAUUGCUGUAAGCCAUAAGGCCCCAGCAUUCCUGUAUGAUAUCUACCUCAGGAUUACUGGAAGAACCCCAAGGAUGAUGAAGACGAUCACACGUCUGCACAAGGCCAUGAUGUUGUUGGAGUAUUUUUCAAGUAACUCCUGGGUGUGGAAUAAUGAGAACACCAACAUGCUGAUGAACCAGCUGAGCCCGGAAGAUAAAAAGGUAUUUAACUUUGAUGUCAGACAGCUGCACUGGGCAGAAUACAUGGAAAACUAUUGUAUGGGAACAAAAAAAUACGUUCUAAAUGAGGAAAUGUCAGGACUCCCCGCAGCCAGGAAGCACUUAAACAAGUUACGGAACAUUCGCUAUGGAUUCAAUACCGUUCUUGUGGUCCUAAUUUGGCGUGUCUUCAUUGCAAGGUCACAAAUGGCAAGAAACAUCUGGUACUUUGUGGUUAGCCUAUGUUUCAAGUUCCUGUCUUAUUUUCGAGCAUCUAGCACCAUGAGAUACUGAAGACACGGAGUCAUUCGGACAUCUAUGCACACAGCGAUGAACUGCACAGACUCUGUAACCCAAUCGGUGUCCUUCAAUGUUUGUGUACAGCCAUUCUAACAUCCUCGGUCCAGAGAAAAUGAUGUAAUAUUUGAAGUGUACCCUAGUGUGUAUGUAUGUGUGUGUGUGUGUGUGUGUGUGUGUAUAAGUAUGUAUAUAUGUGUAUGUAUAUAUGUGUAUGUAUAUGUGUGUAUGUAUAUAUAUAUAUAUAUAUAUAUAUAACACACACACACCCAUACAAGUACGAUUGAACUAGCAUUAAGCAGAAUGGUUUACUAAAAUAUUAGCAAAAGUAACAUUUCUCUGUGUACAUAUGUAACAUCCUGUACACAUUUCUUCCCUGUUAACAAUGCACAGGUUUGUGCCAUGUGUGGUGUUGAGUUUAGUGUUAGUCACUGAUGGGUGCUAGACUAUAUGGUUAUCUAUACAUAGAGGGUUUACAGUUUGGUUAUAUGGCUUGUCUCUCGGUAAAUAAGCCUGUAUUGCUUUAGCUGCCUCUUACAUCCUCUCUAUUUUUUUCUCACCCAGAUACCCCCAUAUGCAACACUAUAAAUAUAUAUAUAUAUAUUUUUUUUUUACUUGUUUAUUUCUUCUUUUUUUUCUAGUGUUUUAACGAUUUUCAGUCUCACUCCCUCUCCACAAUCUAAUUCUUUGCACUGCAUCAAUUUAACCAAACCAAUAAAACAUUUUGUAGUUUUAUACGCACAGGGGAAUCUAAAAAUAAAGCUGUCUGAUCUGUAUUUGUUACACGGAAUCGUGGUAUAGCCAAGUAACCACUAAACAUUGAUGUCACUGGUUGGUUGCGGGUUAUUUUUUUGUAGUGCUUGUACAAUAAAAGGAUGCUAUUGUUAACACAUUGUCCCCUUACUUACAGGGUUGAUUAUUUUAAUUUGUGUAUCCAAAGCCUGUCUUUUUCUGCUUCUGUCAUAUGGUAGGGGAUUCCUGUUGUGUUUUUUUUUUUCUUUGCCACUCAAACAUUUGUACAUAAUGUGGUGCAGAUGAUGACUGUACUGUGCAAUUAGUCUUCAUGUCCCUUCUCUAAAUUACAGAUGAUCUUUGGCACGCCUUUAAAGGGUUUGGCUGUUGUUGUACCCCUAGUAUGUAGUAAAUAGGUGGUUUGGCGGCACCUCUAGCCAUAUCUUCCCUUUUUCUGUGAUGACGGCGGCUGCUGCAGCUCUAAAUAUAUUUUAGAUCAUUUACUACGUUUCUCCCGGUCCUGUUCAGCAGAGCAGCAUAGAAGUGUAUAGUGUAAUAGUGAGUGAGCGAAACCAGGCCCUCUGCGCUGUGAGCUGCCGCAACACUGUUCUCAUAAGCAGUAUUGAUGGAGAACGGGAAAGCUACAUUUCUCACCCUCAUUAGCGAUGUUGGGUAGCAGUCACUCAGGACAUAGUCUGGUUGUCCAGAAGUGGAUGACCGCCUCCAUGUUUUGGCAUUUCAAAAAUAAACAACUUGCAGUCGAUUUAGAAACCGAAUUAAAAUGAUUUCCCUAACAUUUUAAACUUGUACUUUGAAAGUCUCAUUCCUGGCGUGGGGUUUGGUAAUUGAGUCACAAAGCACUUACUGCAGAACUUUCUACCUUAAUCGUUGUCGCAUUAAACAGAAGGAACUGCUUCAACCUAUGUGGUGACGGUUAGAUUUAAAUCUUUGUUCCUCUCUAAAAAUAAAUAAAUAAAAAAUUCAUCAUUGUGCUUACAUGUUGUGCUGUGCUAUCCCACAAGGCACUCUUAUUUUCUGUAGAUGUGGAGCUCAUGCUGGAAAUUGCUGAAUUGGCUUCUGUGUCGAGAAGCCCGGCGGUUUUCUACUGUUCUUCAGUGUUGCUCUUUUACAGAAUUGUAUAACAUUUAAAUCUCUUCUAGCUGCCGUGGUUCAGGACCACACUUGGGAGUGAGAGACCAUUGGCUAAUUCUAAACAUUCAAUAAAUUAUGACUUUUGUGA